AGCUGUAGCUUAUUACCCAUUCAAAGAAGCGCUCCUGUUUGCAACUUUCUUACGAUUCUUCUCCCAAUAGUCAUUCGCUACUUCAGUUUAUCCCGUGGUUUUCUUCUCCUUGUUCUAUUCAUAAGUACCCAAGGUACUCAGAACCUUCAAACAUUACUGGCCUCCACUGUCCCUUGUCUGUCGAGCAAACGAGCUUAGACCAUCGGAUAUCUGCAUAAUACGUACAGCAGGCACAAUCUUCAGUCGCGCUUUCUGGCGGAUUUGUGCACCACCUGUAUAUUUCACCUCGUCUUUAGCUCCGAUGACGAUUUGAUAUUUCAAUGAAGGAGGAAGAAGUCUUUGUGGCGGUCAUAUUUACUCCCGCUCAUUAUGGCUUCGUCUCAUGGAUUUAAUGUUAUGAAUCUAGCGCGUGAUGUGAAGGCCGGCUCAGUCAGAGAUAGAGAAAAAGCUGUAGACGGUAUAUCUGCCUUUGGUAUUUCUAGACUCGGAGAGCUUACAUUCAUCUUAGAACUGGCGCAUCUUCUCAAUCCACGGAAUCGAGCUACAAAUCUCUCCGACCUCGGUGACAAGAGUUACCAUGAGAUAUUUGAAGCUAUUUUCAGUUUUGUCCUUCGGGAGAAACCUAUUUUCUAUGACAAGAAGAAAUCUCAAACAACAAUAAAUGCCACGACCUCUCGGCUGUCAAAAUGUGCUGAUGCCGUACGCAUGACAGUGGGACGUGGUAACCCAAAGAUUGGACGAAAGACACUUCUCGCCAUCGUGGACCACAUCACUCAAGUUCUUCCGGGGCCUAAUGGCGAUUUCGUGCCUCCUUUACUCCAGGACUACAUCAAAGCUUUGACCGAGGUGCUUUCCAGGCCGGCUCACGUAGAGAUUCUCGCCAGGAAGGAAGGCCAUCCCUGGGAGCUCUGUGUUGGGUUCUUCCUCAGUGUUGCUCAGUUCUUGCUUCCUAACGAAGGAGAUGUUUCGACCCUCGCAUUGGCCCGAGCGUCUCCGGCUUUGGUUCGAUCAUCACCAGCUCCAGGAUCAGCAGGCUAUGGUCGAUCUGGCGGACGAUCAACUCCAUCCACCCAAAGUCAGAGACGAGUUGCCCCUGGUGAGGGUGGCUUACUGAAAGAUGUCUUAGAAGGACUGUACUAUCUUGUUGUUGGCGGGAAUGCACCCCUACUUCGGCAGUUCAAGGAUAUCACGCCAGUAGUUCUCAGAGUCUUGAGCCUCAAGCAAGUCAGUCUUGGCUCUUUGCAGACUCUGGCAUUCGCCAUCAUCAAUACUAUUUUCUCUGCUACUCAUGCUGAUGAUUUGGAGCACGCCAGCUCUCUGGUGCAAACACUGGUGCCGCUCAUGAGCUACUGGUGGAGAUCAGAGAAGGUAUCUCAGGAUGAAGUCAUCCGCGCGUUAAGAAUAGAGAUUUCUAGAAGUAUACUCUUGACACACCUUCACAUAGAGCACUUGGCUCUCAGGUCGUCGGAUGAAACCAUACGCUUGGACUUGGAAGAUUUGGUAGAGAACAUCUGGUCUGAAUACUCAAGGCGUGGUGAAGCAUUCCGCCUCCAAAUGAGCGACAUCACAUUUGCCUUAUCCUCGUUACCCACAUAUGGCCUACAACUGGAUGUUUUUGGCCUCCGGCCACAUAAUGUUUAUGGCGAGGGACAUUGGGCUAUCGUCCAAAACCUGGCAUUCCUCGAAGGCAUCAUGGCACUGCCUCGUCUGAAAAGACAGGGAGAUGAUAAUGGUGAACAAGAUGAGCAACCGCGCAAAAGACAGCGAACUCGUCAAGAUAAUUCGAGUCGCAUCCGGCUCAAGCUGAAGGCUGUCGAUGUCUCAAUCUGCAGGACUGCCCUGCAGUUGAUCCCAUUUCUUUUAGCUCAUAAUUCAUUAAGCCGUGAAGAACUUCUCGACUUAUUGCCAGAUUUGAUAUCAUUGGCGAAUGACAAGAACCCGGUUACAGCUUCUUGGGCCCUCAUUGCUUCUGCAAGCUGUAUUGCUUACUCGAAAGGCUGCCAUGAUCAGGUGGACGUGUGGCAUCAGCUCUGGCGGUUCGCCAUACGAGCUGUCAGUCUGCCAGGAACGAGCCGAGCGGCCGCUGUGCUUCUACACCAGCUCCUUGAAGCAGAUGUCCUCCCUUAUCACACCAUUUCGCAGGACAUUAACAACAUGGUUACAACUGCCGAUGUCAGUGGACCUAGCACCUUGAGUGAUGCCUCUAUCAGCUUGAUGUUCCAUGUUCUUAAUCUACGGAACGCGAAAGUCCCGAGCGCAAGCCAAAGUACAUGUCAUCAUAUCAUUCGAUGGGUAUUUUUAAGAUGGAACCCAAAUGAAUCUGCUUUCGCAUCAUAUAACUCCUUACACGUUCAGCCAAUUCACUUGGUGAACCUCAUUCGAACAUGCUGCGGAACAACAACUCUGGAGUUGACCUCCCACCCGGCAGCUCCAGGAGGCCCAUUGACAGAGACCUGGAGUUCAUUCAAAGAGAUUGAGUCCUUCAUACGGUACAUACUCCUAUCGGAAGAUGUAUCUAACAAUCCCGCAACAGCCGGGAGUUGCAGCUUUGCAAAGCCCACAAACUCACCACCAUUGGCGGAUGCCAACACACGUUAUGCUUCUCAGAAACUCACCCUCGAACUCUUUUACCCUAAGUUGGGUGAACUGAUGGAGCUUUGUACGUCGUGGACAAAGAAGAUGAAUGAAGGCGGUAUACAAAUCUCUUUUGAUCGCUUCCAAAGUCUUGUAUCAGCCUGUUUGGCGGGCACAUUGUUGCUACCAUUAUUUGGCGAUAUCAACUCGACUCAGUCUUCGUCUGUUGAGUCAACUCUCAAAGAAAUUCUAGAGAAAGGAAUGAACUCCGCCUUGACGUCCGUUGAGCCCAAUGCGUUUGUCGAUUCAAUCCUGCGAGCCGUCCGGCCCAUUAUGCCUGAUUUAAAUACGACAAGCCUCAACAGGGCUCUUACAAACAACCCUGGCCUUCUGCAAUUCUUCUCUCGAGUGUGGAGCUCACUUGGAGAACAAAAGGACCAGACGCAUCAUGACAACAGCAUCGACCUAAUGGACAUUGACGAGGACUUUGACUCACAAAGUAGCAGAGCAAGUUCGAUUCAUGCGCCAAUGGUAGUCCCACGGUUCAACAUUCAGAUGAAGUUAGAUACGCAGGCUUUCUAUACAGAAACGAGGACGCGGCUGCAUUUCUUGUCUAUAAUAAAUGACGACAUUGGGCAAAUGGGCCUCAUCCCUGAUAUCUACGUGGAACAUCUCAUCAACUUGCCGGACGAUGAUUUACUCAUGUGUCAAAACCUGCUAUUAGACAUUUUUACCUCUGAUCUCGUUGUUACCCCAGACAACGCGCUUGCUAUCAUCGAAAGACUUGGGGAGUAUAUUGGUCAGCCUGAUUAUCAGUGUGCCGAAGUUGUGUUAAGCACCUGUAUUGGAGUGAUUGAUGGGCUUCACCCCAUUUGGCUGAACGAUAAACGACAUCUUUCAGACCGAGUGGGUGAUCUUUAUUAUCACUUCAUCAAAGUCUGUCUCACAUCAAACAUAUUCUCGCCAAGGGCCCAAACAUCUAUGGUUCGAUUAUUGUUUACCCUGCUCCGAACCAACACAGAGUAUGGCAAAGAUCAAGGCCUUGAUUCGCCUCGAACAUGUUUACUUUACAUCCUGAAGAAAGGUCCGAUGUUGGUCAAAUUCGCCAUCUCCCGGAAGAUCGCUAGCGUUUUCGAUCUUUUUGUUCUCAAGCUUCACGAUGAAGUUUUUGUGGAUGUGCUGGACAGUUUACCAACCAACCCUCUCGAUACUACUGGCAUCGCAUUCCGCUUGCUAGUCUUGUCAAAUCUCGCUUGCCGAUGGUCGACAUUGCUUCGGAGAUGCACAUAUCACAUUUUUGAAACUCCAGGAAAGAUAUUGGACUCAACUCAUUAUGCAACUCGAUGCUUGAUCAAUGUGUCAAACACGCUGAAAUUGGAAUCACCAAAAGCCUUGUUCCGCCUGUUCUCCCGCCAACUCUUGUAUACCUGGUUGGAACGUGAUCCGAUUGAGGAUAUCCCGUUCUCCAUCUUUGGCUUCGCGACACUCGAAGAUCUCCUCAAGUCAGCCCAGUCCGAAGCCAUUGGCUUGACAGUAAUGAGAGGACAAGACGAGGCAUUUGCAGAGGUGUGCCGCAACCUAGGAAAUUCUGAAAGCGACCUCGUUCGUCAAAAUUUCACUACCGCCAUUGCAUAUAGCAUGAUCUUUGGUGACUCCAAUGGGGGCGAGGACAAGGAGCGAGGCGAGGCACAUAUCAAAAAGUUGCUCGGAAGUCAAGUGUAUAUGGACUCUAUUUACAUCAACCUUGUUGAUAUAGCGGCCCUCUUCUUUGACCUCAUCGACCAAGAAAAUUCUCUAGAGAGGGUGUUUGCCAGGUACAAGCUUGACUACGCUGGCGAGAUCAUGGAUGCUGUGAAAGCCAUUUCUCAUUCACCUGCUGAGCUGCCAGCGAACCAACAGCCAAUGUUCAAGGCUAAAUAUCUCAUCCAUGAACUUCACAGGCUCUGCCAAAACACGGAGUUCCAAUUUAGCGACCUAUGGACGCCACCUGUGGUUGUCUCGAUCGCUCGAAAGCUUCUCAAUACGGUGCAUCCAGCUUUAGGUCCCCUGCAUGCAUGCUCUGUUCUUCGAAAGGUUCGAGUCUUAAUUUCCCUUGCUGGGCCAGUCUCUUGGGACUCUUAUCCCCUGGAAAUGCUCCUGAACGCAACCCGUAAGUUUAUCACGGACUCGGAGUGUGCAGAUGACGCACUCGGAAUUAGCCAGUAUCUCCUGGGCCAAGGUGCCAAGCAUCUCAGCAACGUGCCAUCAUUUCUCGCUGGUUAUGCCCUGUCGACCCUCGCGUCGCUCCGAGUCUUCCUGGAAUCAAGUCAGUCGAGCACUACCCAGGAGAGUCAGUUCAAAGCAACUAUGAGCAAAGCAGAAAAGUUCCAUGGAUGGUUCAGCAAGUACCUCGAGGAGUAUGACUCGCCAAUGUUUAAGGAUCUUGCGCAAAGAAGUGCCUUCAAGUCCAUAACACAGUCUGCUGCUCGCAUUCGAUCUUCUGGAAAUGCUGAAAGAGGCACUGCGGAGAGCAAACUAUUGCUGGAUAUCUUAGACGACGGUGGCGCAGAUCACCAGCUUCUCAACGAUUCUUCUCGGCAGCUAGCUCUCGGUCUUCUUUGUGGCGACUUUAGCAUUCCUGCGUCAAUCAAGGACGACAUCAUCGAAUCUGACCAUGAUGCUGUAAAGCAUUCUACGGCUGUAUGGAAGAGCUGCGAUGCAGAAAAUCUGAGCGAAGAGUAUCUAGCAUGGGCAGGACGAGUUGUUGGGCGAGCCUUUUCGGCUUCCGGAGAGAUUCCAGUCAAUAUUCUACGCGAAUCACAUCUUACUCGCUACCAACAAAUAGCUCCAGGAUCAAAUGGCUCAGAGAUGGGAAUACUUUACCUGCUUCAGGACCUCACCUCAAAUCCCGAUUCUGUUACUGCUGGUCUUGCCGAAGCUGCUCUACGAUCCAUUGUCUCAGAUGCCGCUAUACUUGAGGAUGAACCACUAACUGUAGCUUGUCAGAAGAGUCUAACAGAGUCUCUUUUAAUAACUUCCCAAUGGGGCUCGCACAGAUCUCCCCCGUCUGACAAAGCCCCUGUUACUCCUCCUUCUUCACCAGAUCAGCAGGACGUGUGGUCUGUGGAAAUCACUUCGAAAGAAUGGCUCCCGAGCCUGAGCGCACACCUUGCCCAAUGUGUUCCAGAGUCAAUCAUUCUCUCAGUCCUGGCCCCUAUUCUCGCCAGGGUUGAGCACUUUGCGGAGAGCGCGUUUCCCUUCGUUGCUCAUCUUGCGCUCUACUUUCCGAUAAAUCAGCAACACUCCCCCAAGCGCCCAUUUUCUGUGGCGAUCAAGAGCUGGCUGAAAUGCACUGAUCCUAAAGCCAAAGAAAAUCUAAAGCUACUCAUCAACAUGCUUCUGUAUCUCAGGACACAGCAGUACCCCAAAGAAUCUUCAAUAGCUGACCGAUCGUAUUGGCUCGAGGUGGAUUCCGCGAUGGUUGCAUCAACGGCGUCGCGAUGCGGCAUGUAUAAGACCGCUUUGCUUUUCGCUGAGUAUGUUACUCCUGAAACCUCGCGGUCCUCAAGAAGGUCCUCGGCCGCAAAGGAGGUGGAUAUGAGCGACACUCUCCUUACGAUCUUUGAAAACAUCGAUGAUCCAGAUGCAUACUAUGGGCUACCCGAAGAACCCAGCCUUUCUAAGGUUGUCGCUCGCGUAGAAUAUGAGAAUGAUGGUCCCAGAAGUCUUGCAUUCCGAGGCGCCAUGUACGACAACCAUAUAUUUUACGGAGAUCCAAUGGCUCAGUCAGACGAACAAGCUUUAGUCAGAGCCCUGGGUACACUUGGGUUGUCAGGACUCUCGAACUCUCUUCUUCAGACACAACAAAACAUUGAGUCAUCCCCGGCUGCUCUCGAGGACACUUUCAAUACUGCUAGGAAAUUAGGGAUUUGGAACCUCCCUGCUCCCUCAAGUGAUCAUCACGCGGUCACAGUAUACAAAGCGUAUCAAAGUAUUUCUCAGGCAGCCGAUAUUGCGAAUGUCCGAACAGCUGUGCAUGAGGGCUUCAGUCGCACGAUGAGAAGCUUGGCCGCCCUCGACCUGAACGCAACUUCAUUGAGAAAAAGACUUGGAGCUUUGGCAUCCUUAACAGAACUUGAUGACGUGAUAGGGGUUUCUGACACUGCAGAGAUGGAUGGUCUCAUCGAAAAAUUCAAAACUCGAAGCGAUUGGAUGCGGAGCGGACUGUACGGUAGUGUCAGCCAGAUCUUGUCUUGCCGUGGGUCUACGAUGAGCAUGGUCAGUCAGCAGAAUACCCUUCGAACAAAUAUCAAGCUUUCCGCGGCUGCUGCACGGCAUAUGGAGGUAGAAGCAAUGAUCACCGCAUCUCAGAUCUAUCGUUAUCACCAAGCGACACAAGAGAGCCUCAGAAUAUCCACAGGGCUCACCAAGCUCAUCCCAACAUGCGCCGCCUUAGACAUUCAUGUUGACGCAGCGGUCAACAUCGAGACAGCUAAUUCUCUCUGGGAUUAUGGUCAGAUGAGCACAUCCAUCCGUAUGCUCCAAGGCAUCGAUAGAGAUGCUUCCCUCAAAAAGCAAACUCUGCCGGUCAGCCGAUCUGACUUGCUUUCGAAGAUUGGGUAUCAGGUUUCUGUCGCUCGCCUUGAAGAGCCACAUGACAUUCAGAAAAACUACCUGGAACCUGCACUCAAGGAGCUCAAAGGCAAAGGCCAAGGUCGGCAAGCAGGUGCUGUAUUCCAUCAGUUUGCCAUGUUCUGUGAUCAACAACUGCAGGACCCAGAUGGCCUGGAAGACCUGAAAAGACUUCAAAGUCUAAAGAAGGCCAAGGGCGAUGAAGUGUCAGAACUGAAAACCCUAGUCAGCGGUACAAAGGAUACUCAGCUGAAAACCAGAUAUUCACAUGUCUUGAACAAGGAGAAGCAAUGGCUGGAUCUUGAUGAGCAGGAACUGCGGCGAGUCGAGCAGACUCGCAGUGAAUUCGUUCGGCUGAGUCUCGAGAACUACCUCCUAUCUCUUAUUGCCUCUGAUGAAAACAAUAAUGACGCCCUUCGUUUCACGGCUCUUUGGCUGGAGCGAUCAGAAGAGGAGACUACUAACAAGGCGGUUAUGCGACAUUUGUCUGACGUGCCAACAAGGAAAUUUGCUGGUCUCACCAAUCAAUUGACAUCCCGACUGCAAGACCAGGACACCUCAUUCCAGAAAUUACUGUUGGAGCUGGUCUACAAAAUCUGUGUAGACCAUCCUUAUCACGGGAUGUAUCAGAUCUGGUCUGGAACCAAGGCAAAAGCGCAGCAGAAGGACGACGUAGCUGUUCUACGUGUCAGAGCAACAGAUCGUGUUGCGAAACGCCUUGCCGAGACGCAAUCUGUUGCCAACAUUUGGCUCUCGAUCGACAAGACAAGCAAAUACUAUCACGCUCUUGCCAUGGACCGGAACCCGAAUAGGUACAAGUCGGGUGCGAAGAUCCCGCUCAAAGAGUCUUCGCCCGGGCACAACCUCAUUAACUGCUUGAUAAAAUACCGAAUUCCAUCUCCAACUAUGCACAUCGAACUCUCCCAUACAAAAGAUUACUCAAAGGUCCCGAUCAUCUCCAAAUUAGAGCCCACCAUGACCAUUGCUUCAGGCGUCAGUGCUCCCAAAAUCAUUACUGCCAUUGGAAGCGAUGGCGUGCGCUACAAACAGCUUGUCAAAGGAGGACAUGACGACUUGCGACAGGAUGCUAUCAUGGAACAGGUCUUUUCGGCCGUAUCGUCUCUGCUGAAGCUUCAUAGGACGACUCAGCAGCGCAACCUAGGAAUCAGGACAUACAAGGUAUUGCCACUCACUGCAUCUUCAGGCUUGAUUGAAUUCGUCCCCAAUACGAUCCCACUUCACGAGUUCUUGAUGCCCGCCCAUGAAAGAUAUUACCCAAGAGACUUGAAGGGCUCCCAAUGUCGUAAGGAAAUAUUUGGGGUCCAAAGUCGGACGGUAGAAACUCGAAUCAGCACCUAUCGCAAGGUCACGGAGAAAUUCCAUCCAGUCAUGAGAUACUUCUUUAUGGAACACUUCAUGGAUCCAGAUGAAUGGUUCCUAAAAAGACUAGCGUACACCAGAAGCACUGCGGCUAUAUCGAUGCUGGGACACGUUCUUGGUUUAGGAGAUCGACAUGGGCACAACAUUCUCUUGGACCACAAGACAGGGGAAGUUGUCCACAUUGACUUGGGUGUUGCAUUUGAGGCUGGUCGUAUUCUGCCAGUACCGGAGUUGGUCCCCUUCAGACUGACAAGAGACAUUGUGGAUGGGAUGGGGAUCACCAAGACAGAAGGCGUCUUCCGGAGAUGCUGCGAGUUUACGCUAGAUGCUCUAAGAGAGGAGCAGUACUCAAUCAUGACAAUCUUGGAUGUGUUACGGUUUGAUCCAUUGUAUACGUGGUCGAUCUCACCACUUCGACUUGCCAAACUUCAAAAGGCGAGACACAACGACGAAACCCCAAUGGACGAUGAACAAAGCGAGGCAGAGACGAAGAAGGGCAAAAAGGCUGCAGGUCACGUCAAUGAACCAUCUGAGGCUGACCGAGCUUUAGAGAUUGUGAGGAAGAAGCUUUCGAAAACGUUGAGUGUGACUGCAACAGUAAACAAGUUGAUCAACCAAGCCACCGAUGAGCGAAAUUUGGCAGUGUUGUAUUCUGACGGCACAGCGAAUGUAGGUAUAUCACAUAUAGCUCAAGCCAGCUCAGGACGUCAAUUGCAUUUCAAUGUUAUCAGUCACUCGGGGAAGUCCAAGCUAUCAAAACGUAGAUCAUCACCUCCCCUUGGCGUCUCCAAGCGAGCGCGCUUCGAAAUGACCACCGCCAAAGCGCGGGGCAAGCUCCCCGAGACCAUCGACCUAACGCAGCCACCUUCUGCGUUCAAGCCUUAUGCUGGUUCCAAGAAGCUUGUUAUCAAGAACCUGCGAGCGCCCACGAGUCGAGAUACCCAGGUCGCGGAGUACUAUAAGCGGACGGAGAAGGAGCUCGAGGAUUCCCUAGAGGCUGUCUUUGCGGGACGGACACCUGAUGUCCCCUUAGAAAGGCUGUACAGGGGUGUUGAGGAUGUCUGUCGAAAGGGGGAUCCCGCGAAGGUGUACCAAAUGCUCAAAGAGAGAAUUGAUGCACACUUGCAGCGGAUUGUGCUACCUAGAAUCCAGAAGAAUGGACAUGCUUCGAACCUCGAUACUGUGAAGAGCGCACUAGCGGAAUGGAAGACUUGGAAUACACAAACAAUAUUGAUCAGAUCAACAUUCAGCUACCUCGACCGAACAUAUUUACUACAGAAGAAUCUUGCAUCUAUAAACGAUAUGGCGAUCCAGCAGUUCAGAAAGAUGGCAUUCCCAUCCCAGACUCAGGCCUAUAAAACCUCCGUCGGCGUGAAGCUAAUCGCAGGUGUUUGCGAUUUGGUUGAGAACGAUCGAAGAGGCAUCGACCAAAUCGAACCUGCAUUACUGAAAGAUUCUAUCAUGAUGCUUUAUGUUUUGGAGGUCUAUAUCAAGCACUUUGAGCCCUACUUUUUAGAGCAGUCUGAGAGAUACUUCAGAGAAUUUGGCGAAGCUUGGAGCACAUCAAGUCUCAAGGACUACAUUUUGGUUUGCGAGAAGUUACUGAAAAAGGAAGACUAUCGCUGCAUCCAAUUCAACCUCGAUAGUACGACAGAGAAGCAACUUAUGGACUCUGCGCACACCCAUCUCAUCACCAACUACUCAGAAAAGCUUCUCAACGGUGGCAACCUGGCGAAGCUGCUGGCUGAUAGAGAAGUUGAGUCAAUGAAGGCUUUGUAUGAUUUGCUUCGGUUAUCAGGGAUCCAAAAGAAGAUGAAGGAUCCAUGGGGCGACUACAUCCAAUCAACGGGUUCGACAAUCAUCAGCGACAAAGACAAGGGUGACCAAAUGGUUUUGCGCUUAUUAGAACUCCGUCGAUCACUCGACUUGAUGAUUCGAGAUGCUUUUAAUAAGGACGAAGACUUCCUUUGGGGCAUGAGGGAUUCUUUUGGGAAGUUCAUGAACGACCGCAAAGCUGCCUCUUGCUGGGACACGGGAACAUCCAAAAUCGGCGAGAUGAUCGCCAAAUAUAUAGACAUGCUUCUGCGAGGUGGCUUGAAGUCACUACCUAAAGAGCUCCUGUCAGAUGUGAAAGAUCGAGCGACAGCUGAGAAGGAAGGUCAAGCCAGCACUGGUGAUGAAGAUGCUGAGCUUGAUAGACAGCUUGAUCAGGCGCUCGAGCUGUUCCGCUUCAUCGAGGGCAAGGACGCCUUCGAGGCAUUUUACAAGAAAGACUUGGCUCGGAGAUUGCUCAUGGGACGAAGUGCCAGCCAAGAUGCUGAGCGCAACAUGUUAACAAAGCUUCGAGGAGAGUGCGGUGCGAAUUUUACACAUAAUCUGGAACAGAUGUUCAAGGAUCAGGAACUCGCCAAGGAUGAAAUGGAGUCUUUCAAACAAUGGUGUCAAGGCAGUGCUGAGCGCAAGAAUCCUCUGGACCUUUCCGUCAUGAUUUUGUCCGCUGCUGCAUGGCCAACUUACCCGGAUGUUCGUCUCAACCUGCCGGAUGAGGUUGCUACGCAGAUCGAGAGGUUUGACAAGUAUUACAAGAAUAAGCAUACAGGACGAGCCUUGACGUGGAAGCACUCAUUAGCUCACUGCUCCCUCAAGGGCAUCUUCGCCAAGGGGCCGAAGGAGCUUCUUGUAUCUGCAUACCAGGCUGUGGUUCUGAUGAUGUUCAACAGCGUGCCGGCUGACGGAUUCUUGGCAUAUGAACAGAUCGCUACGGGAACCGGUCUUUCAGGCGGUGAUCUUGAUCGCACACUUCAGUCGCUCGCUUGCGGCAAAGCGCGAGUGCUAACCAAGCACCCGAAAGGUCGUGAUGUCAAGCCCACUGAUACGUUUACUUUUAACAAAACGUUUACGGAUCCCAAGUACAGAGUCAAGAUUAAUCAGAUCCAGCUGAAGGAGACAAAGGAGGAGAACAAGGCUACACAUGAAAGGAUCGCUCAAGACCGACGCUUUGAGACACAGGCAGCCAUCGUUAGAAUAAUGAAAAGUCGCAAGAGCAUGGGUCACAGUGACCUAGUGGCAGAGGUCAUCAACCUGACGAAGAAAAGAGGGAGUGUUGAGCCGGCCGCGAUUAAGAAGGAGAUCGAAAGACAUAAUAUGACUCCACCUCGGAGCAAACGACGGAAGCCGGGAAUCGAACAUCGAACAAAAAGAAACGAAGCAAGGGGGGACCAUAGGCGGCAAGGUGGUUCAUGUCUGCAAGAAGCCGAUGAUUGGUGA